CUCGCCUAUGGUAUACAUAUUUGAAAUAGAGCUAUCGAACGCAUAAACAAGUUUCGAUUUUUUUCCCGUAUAUUUUUCGACUCAUUAUUAGUUCUGUAAAUAGCUUACUGAUAAGCUGAAUGAGAACGAUGAAUGAAAAACAGUAUGACAAUAACAAUACCGACAAUGAACCGAGCGAAAAAAAAAGGAAGUCAAACGAUGAACAUGAGCAUAAUCAACAUCAAUCGAUCAUCGUCACAUCUGACGUUCAACUGAAAAUGUGUCAAUCGUCUAUUUUCAAUUUAAACAUUGAUUGCUUUGAAGAAGUGUUCGAUUACCUAUCCUUGAAACAAUUGGCAAUUGUUGGUGAAACAAGCAAGCGAAUGCAGCAAAUUGUUGGUCAUUGUUUUCGCCAGAGCUAUGAAGCGGCAAGAGCAACAUUCUACUAUGAUUUUGAUGUGAAUUAUGUGCAUGCAAAUUUUUUGAUCGAUUUUAUUCGGAAAAUCCGGGUUCUACAAUCAAAUGAAGCAUUUUACGAAUUUCUUCGAUGGAAUCGUCUUCAUUCGCUCGUCCAAAUUCGUUUCUACGAUCACAUAUUGACGAAAGCGAAAAUUGAAUGCAUGCAAGUGAUACUUGGCCGCGUUGAAGCGGUCGAACUGCUAGAGUGUAAGAUUGAAAGUGAUUUUUUCGAAACGUUUUUGAUGUUUUGUUCAAAUUUAAGGAGACUGUGCGUGGAUGGAACGACGAUCAUUGGAACGCAGUAUAAUUGGCUUCUGCAACAUUAUCCCUUGCUUGAACACUUUCAAUUGUUGACAGCCAUCGGUCUUGAAAUCGAAGAAUUGGCGACAUUUUUCCAAUUGAACCCAAACAUCAAGAGAUUAUCAACUGGUGCCAAAUUCUUUUGGUUCAAUCAACAAACGAUGACAAACACGAAUCUCAAAUUGAACACUUUGGCGAUCAAAUACGAUAAAAGAGUUUAUUUGAUGUCAUUUUGUCGCCUUUUAAAUAAACUUUAUGAUAGUGGAUUUUACAAGAAAUUACAUUUGUAUUUCGAUCAUCCUUUGGGAUUCAAUCAAAAAAUUAUCGAAGAAUUAAAAUCAGUCAAGGCACUUGUUAAAGUGGCAGCCAAUUCACGUCAAAACUACAUUAAUCUCUCUUGUUUAAUAAAUUUGGAAGAACUUUGCAUCACGUGCACUCAUGCCGUCAAUGAUUUGGAACAUUUACCAAAUGCACUCACGAAUCUACGACGCAUUUAUUUUCUGGAUGCAUCUACAGAUGAUAUUUUACCAUUUAUCCAUCGAGCACCGAAAUUGAAUAAAAUUAAAGUUAGAUGCCUGCGUGGCGGAAUUCAUUUUGAUGAACAAAGUAAUGUUAUCGACUUAAAGGCAUUGAACGAAGAAAGGGAAAAAGUGGGUUUCGCCACGAAAAUUACGUUUUAUGUUAAAGAAGAUGUCUACUUGGCAACAAAAUGGACAAUGAUAAAAACGGAAUUUAAUUUGAUCGAAAUGAGACGCAUUGAUUCGUAUGAUUGGAAUAUGGAAUUUCAAAUUGAUACACUUUGAUUGAAAACAACAUGACGCAGAAGAUAAUCGGAGCAUAUUUUGGCAUGAUAUCACAUGCAUAGAAUAGGAUUAAGAAAUUUAAUUUUGAAUACGUAAUAUACUGAAAAACUCUGAAUAAAAAUGUACAAUAACAUUGGAA